GAUAACAGACGUAAGGAGACAGUACAACGGAAAAGCGGGGGUUCUCCUAAAAUCAGAAUUUUCUCGAGAAAAAAUCAAAAAUUUCUCUCCCUUUCUUUUCCUUUUUCUAGAGAAAAAUAGGUUUUCUUGUGAUCCAAGCAGGGAAAAAUGCUCUCCUUGCAGAGCGAUCCUCGGCUGCAACAGUACCAUCAUAGCCAGCAGCUUCAACAACAACUACAGCAGCAACAGGUUCAAUUGGUUCCAUACAACGAUGACUCACUGAGUCUGCACUCUGAUUUUGGAGGCGCCGUUGCUGCUGCUUCUUCUUCUUCUGCUUUGGUUAAUCUCAAGCCCUCUCAGGGUUUGGACUCCCAUGAAGUUGAUGAUGACACACUCAUGGCCCUUGCUCAUCAAAAGUACAAGGCUGGGAACUACAAGCAUGCUUUAGAACACAGCAAUGCAGUCUAUGAGAGGAACCCACAUCGUACUGAUAAUUUGCUUCUCCUGGGUGCAAUUCAUUAUCAGUUGCAUAAUUAUGAUCAAUGCAUUGCAAAGAAUGAAGAAGCUCUUAGAAUUGAUCCACAAUUUGCUGAGUGCUAUGGAAAUAUGGCAAAUGCUUGGAAGGAGAAAGGCAAUAUUGAUGCUGCAAUCCGGUAUUAUUUGUUUGCUAUCGAGCUUCGACCGAAUUUUGCUGAUGCAUGGUCAAAUCUAGCUAGUGCAUACAUGCGGAAAGGGAGGCUUAAUGAGGCAGCCCAGUGUUGUCGCCAGGCGCUUGCAUUAAAUCCCCGUUUGGUUGAUGCUCAUAGUAACCUUGGCAAUUUAAUGAAAAUUCAAGGUUUUGUGCAAGAGGCUUACAGUUGCUACCUUGAGGCUCUUCGUAUACAACCCAAUUUCGCAAUUGCAUGGUCUAAUCUUGCUGGGCUUUUCAUGGAAGCUGGGGAUCUUAACAGGGCACUUCAAUACUAUAAGGAAGCAGUGAGACUUAAACCAACAUUUUUUGAUGCCUACCUAAACCUUGGAAAUGUUUAUAAGGCUCUGGGAAUGCCUCAAGAGGCUAUUGUAUGCUAUCAGCGUGCUCUUCAGGUCCGACCGGAUUAUGCUAUGGCCUAUGGCAAUUUGGCAAGUAUUUAUUACGAACAGCGUAACCUGGAUAUGGCAAUUCUCAAUUAUAGGAGAGCAAUUGCUCUUGACUCAGGAUUUUUGGAGGCAUAUAACAAUUUGGGUAAUGCUUUGAAAGAUGCUGGAAGAGUUGAUGAAGCAACACAAUGCUAUAGGCAAUGUCUUGCCUUGCAACCUAACCAUCCUCAGGCACUUACAAACCUUGGGAAUAUAUAUAUGGAAUGGAAUAUGUUGACUGCUGCUGCUUCAUGCUACAAGGCAACUUUAUCUGUGACAACAGGACUUUCUGCUCCUUUCAACAAUUUAGCAAUCAUUUACAAACAGCAGGGCAAUCUCUCAGAUGCUAUAUCUUGUUACAAUGAAGUUCUGCGUAUUGAUCCUAUGGCCGCUGAUGCACUUGUCAACCGGGGGAACACAUAUAAGGAGAGUGGAAGAGUAAAUGAAGCCAUUCAAGAUUACAUACGAGCUAUUAACAUUAGGCCAGCCAUGGCUGAAGCUCAUGCAAAUUUGGCUUCGGCUUAUAAGGACAGUGGACAUGUUGAGGCUGCAAUAAAAAGCUACAAGCAAGCACUGGCUCUUCGCCCUGAUUUUCCAGAAGCAACCUGUAACCUUCUACAUACAUUACAGUGUGUUUGUGACUGGGAGGAUCGAGAGAAUAAAUUUAUUGAGGUUGAAGGCAUACUCAGGAGACAGAUUAAGAUGUCUGUUAUUCCUAGCGUGCAGCCUUUCCAUGCAAUAGCCUAUCCAAUUGAUCCAGUGCUUGCACUAGAUAUCAGUCGUAAAUAUGCGGCACACUGCUCUGUUAUUGCAUCUCGUUAUUCACUUGCUCGUUUCAACUAUCCUGCACCCUUCCCUGUGAAGAGUGAGAAUGGGAAUGGACGCUUAAGGGUGGGAUAUGUGAGUAGUGAUUUUGGCAACCAUCCCCUAUCUCAUCUCAUGGGCUCAGUCUUUGGCAUGCACAAUAGAGAAAAUGUUGAGGUAUUCUGCUAUGCAUUGAGUCCAAAUGAUGGAACAGAAUGGAGGUUGCGUAUCCAGUCUGAAGCAGAGCACUUCAUAGAUGUAUCAUCCAUGUCCUCUGACAUCAUUGCAAAGAUGAUAAAUGAGGAUAAAAUACAAAUUCUUGUCAAUCUUAAUGGCUAUACGAAGGGGGCAAGGAAUGAGAUAUUUGCUAUGCAACCUGCUCCUAUUCAGAUUUCUUACAUGGGAUUUCCUGGGACUACUGGUGCAUCAUAUAUACACUAUUUGGUCACUGAUGAGUUCGUCUCACCUCUUCGUUUUUCUCAUAUCUACUCUGAGAAGCUUGUUCACCUUCCUCAUUGUUACUUUGUAAAUGAUUAUAAGCAGAAAAAUCGUGAUGUCUUGGAUCCCAAGUGCUUGCCUAAGAGAUCUGAUUAUGGAUUACCAGAAGACAAAUUUAUCUUUGCAUGUUUCAAUCAGCUGUACAAGAUGGAUCCUGACAUUUUCACCACAUGGUGCAAUAUUCUUAAGCGUGUUCCCGAUAGUGCUCUUUGGCUUCUUAGAUUCCCAGCUGCAGGCGAGAUGAGACUUCGCACAUAUGCAACUCAGCAGGGUGUGCGGCCGGAUCAGAUUAUAUUUACAGAUGUUGCCUUGAAAAGUGAACAUAUAAGACGCAGUGCCUUGGCAGAUCUCUUCCUUGAUACACCAUUAUGCAAUGCGCAUACAACAGGCACUGAUGUUUUAUGGGCUGGUCUUCCAAUGGUGACCCUUCCACUUGACAAGAUGGCGACUAGAGUUGCUGGUUCCUUGUGUUUGGCUACUGGUGUCGGGGAGGAGAUGAUUGUCAGCUGUUUGAAAGAAUACGAAGAGAAGGCUGUCUCACUUGCUCUAAAUCGUCCAAAGCUCCAGGAUCUUUCUAAUAAACUCAAAGAAGCCCGUAUGACUUGCCCUCUUUUUGACACAUUACGCUGGGUGAGGAACCUUGAACGAGCAUAUUUUAAGAUGUGGAAUCUAUGCUGCUUAGGUCAUCAACCACAACCCUUUAAAGUGACGGAGAGUGAUCAAGAAUUUCCUUAUGAUAGAUAGGCGUCAGUGCAGCUAAAGACGGCUUUGUAGAUAAAUGCAAAGAGCAUUGUGUUAAGUUGAUAUUAUGAUAGGCUAGGAAGGUUCUCCAGAUGUUAGGGCCGGAGAUUGUUCAUCCAUAUUCGCUUUUAAGUGAUUAAGAUAUUAUGUUAAAUCUUAUUAACGAGGACAUGAAUGUGGUUAUACUACUUGUCUUGUGUCCUGAAAGUUUGAUGAACCCUCAUCUCAUUUUAUGCCAGAUUGCAAUCUAUGUCGAAAUUUCAUUCUGA